AUGUUGCAAAGUGUCAUCAGUGACUCAUACUGCCUCUCGGACUACCUCGAUAUAACGACCGUCGAAUUUACGGGCGUGAAAGAAUUCGUCGGGCGUUACUGCGGGAGUGAAGUGGUGAACCCCUUGCUGACGCUGCACCCGAGACUCGAGUUGCUGUUCGUGAGUAACUUGGCUGUUCAGGCGCGGGGUUUCACGGCGUCCUUCACGUACAUGCAUGAAGAGGCCGUGCGCCCCUCGGAGACCGUGGUGGCGGGUCGAGCAGUGUGCGGGGGCCUGGUGGAGGGUUCCGGGGGGCGGCUCGUCUCGCCAGGCUACCCCGCGAGCUUCCCCGGGGGCUUGUCCUGCACGUGGCUCCUACGGGCGAGGCCUCACUUCCACGUGUAUCUCCGCAUACAGGAGCUUCAGCUGCAAGGGAGUAUAGCCAAUUGCAGGCGCGCCGAACUGGCUAUCCACGACGGGUACCGGCCGGUGGGCCACGUGCGGGAGGCCAUGAAGGUGUUCUGCGGAGACCUCCACUACUACCGCAACCAGGCCGACAAGGAGGUCCUCAGCGAGAGGAACAGACUCCUCAUCACCUUCAGAACGGGCGAGGCUUCAGAUAACAACACGAAGUUAGCUGGUUUUCUCCUCGUGUGGACGGAGGCAUCUCUCACCACGCCAGGCAACUGCAGCAGGCAAGAGGGCUUCACGUGCCCGAGGUCCGUGUACUGCGUGGGCGUGGCGAGGGACGGCGGCUGCCUGACGACGGCGAACCUGUGCAUCCACCGCGGCCUCGUGUGCGACGGCCAGCCCAACUGCUCUGCUGGCGACGGCGCCGACGAAGCCGAGUGUCCUGCAGGUGGCGGCGGCGGCGUGGCGGCAGUCGCAGUAGCAGUGGCGGCCGGAGUGUGCGGCGCGGUGGCGGCGGUGGGCGGGGCUGCAGUCCUGGGCGUGCGGUGGCGGAGGGCGCGCCGGAGCAGUGACCUCGCGGCCUCGUGCACCUCGCAGCACCUCAUGACCUCGUCGCCCUCCGCCCUGUCGCCGCUCUUCCCCAACAACGUGGCCCGGGCCCCGGACGUGAGCGCAGAGGCGGUGUGGCUGGAUCCCCGAGUGCCGACGCCCCCUCCCCCGCCCUUCCUGGCGCCGCCCCUCCCGCACUCUCGCUCCGACCUCCAGCGCGCCCUGCCCGACCUGUCUCUCAUCACCUCGGCGCUGCCUCCGCCCCCUCCUCCUCUCACCGACUUCCAGACCCACCUCCCCAACCUCUCCAGCCUCCCUCCGCCGCCGGCAACGCCUCCUCACGGCGACACCCUGGACUCCUCGGCUCUGCCUCCGGAGUGGCCGUCGGCGCCGUCGGCUUUCCCCCCGUCGCCGCCCUCCGAGGCUUCGCCCUGGCUGGAGCCUCUGCCCGACCCCAUCACGAGGUCGCCCGAGCACGAGCUGCCCAAGCCGGAGGUUGCGAACUACGCAGGGCUUGGCGAGCAGCUUCAAGUCGCUGAGAGCAUCGACCCUCCGGCGUCCGCCAAUGACGCCGAGAGCUCGGGCAGUCACGCGUCCUCUCAGCUGAGCACCUACCGCUCGCUCUCCACGGCGUCCACGAUACAGGACGUGGCCCGGCUGCAGCUCUCCGAGGCCGCGCAUCCGGCGCAACCGUCUCUAGAGCGCAAAAAAGAGCAGCGCGAAGCGACACGCAAGUCGCCCCGGUUGCCUCUCAAGCACCACUCCCACUGCCCUUACGCUACGAUCAGCCACCCUCCUCAUCCACGCUGCAGCCGGCGGGUGCACCCGUGUCAGCAUCACAUGAGUCAGUGUGACCACCACAUGCCUCCCUGGUCACGUCACUGCGGCCACCAAAUGGGCCGCUGUGACCACCAGCUGCGGCGCUGUGGCCUCGGCCGCAGUCACAGCCUGCCGAAGCGCCGCUCCCUAACGCGCUCGCGAUCUGAGUCGCCCGGCGAGAGUAGGCCGUGGCCGCUCACGCCGGAGGUGAACAGAAGACUGUCCUAUCUUGACGGCCUCGAGGACGACAAGGGGGCGACGGAGAGUCCAAGAAAUAGCACGUGCUUCCCCUGCGUGUCACCUCCCUCCAGAGAAGCCAGCAAGAUGUCUUCCACCAUCCUCGAGCAUCACAAGCGAGCGCCGUGGUUGGCGGGCCAAAGGUGCUCCUGUAGAGCGCACCACCACUGUGCCUCCACACACACCUGCCACGGCACGCACGCCGCAAUGUAUACGUCCAGUGAACAAAUAUAUUGAUUAUAAAUGAUCUAUAA